AUGGCUGCUGACGAAUAUUUUCGCUAUUUAGCGAUAGGUACGACAAUAUUUAGUUCCAUGACGGUUAUUGUAUUACUAUUUGCUAUUCCAGCAAUUUAUUUGAAGGUUGAACACGAACACACAUAUGCUAUCACAAAAUCAGCAAACUUUAAAGAGAAAUUGGAUAAAAUAUGGACAGAAAUGAAAUCGAUACGAGAAGUUGGCGCAGCGGUAAUUUUUCGAAAACGCCGUUCACAGUUGCACAUUUUUGGUGGAAGCAGCAAACAGGUGAUAUGUUCGGGAUGUAUACAGCUCGGAUGUCCUAUAGGUCCACCUGGUCUAAGUGGACCUCCUGGUGAGGAUGGAAUACCAGGAACAGCAGGUAAUCCAGGAUUACCAGGUGAUGAUGGUUAUGAUGUAGAGCUUGCACCGGAGGAAGAAUUACCAUGUUCAAUUUGCCCUGCUGGACCACCUGGACAGAGAGGACUACAAGGUGAACGUGGACAGUCUGGAGAAUCUGGUAGUGCUGGAGAGUCAGGCCCACCCGGUGUGCCAGGAGAAAAUGGGCCACCAGGUAUGCCCGGUUUACCAGGACCACCUGGUCCUAAAGGUCCUGUUGGCCUUCCAGGAUCACCUGGUGAGACAGUCAUAUCUGGUACCGGAAUUAAAGGGCCUAAAGGACCACUUGGUCCUGCUGGACCAAAAGGACCCACCGGACCACGAGGUAAACCAGCUAAAGAAUUUGGCUUCGCUGGAAAACCUGGCAUUAUUGGUCCUAUUGGACCACCAGGACGACACGGAAAGAAAGGCGAAGAAGGACCAUGGGGACCACCUGGUGAACCAGGUCAACCAGCAACAUAUUGCCCAUCUGAUUGCGGUGUAUCGCAAAUAUUCGCAGCACCACUAACUAAUGAUUUUCUGUCAUCAACUAAAGAAUAA